ACUGUCUCAACAAUGGCGAAGAAGAUGAGAGAAGUAACCAUCUCCUACAUUCUCCCUAUCCUCCUCCUCCUCCUCGCCGUCGAAACACACGCGCACAACGUCACGCGCCUCUUAGCAAGCCACCCUUCUUUCUCCUCCUUCAACCACUUCCUCACCCAAACCCACCUCGCCGGCGAAAUCAACCGGAGAACAACCAUAACCGUCCUCGCCGUCGACAACGCCGCCAUGUCCGCCUUAACCUCGAAAGGCUACCCAAUCUCCACCGUCAAGAACAUCCUCUCCCUCCACGUCCUCCUCGACUACUUCGGCGCCAAGAAAAUCCACCAGAUCCGCGACGGCUCAGCUCUCGCCGCCACUCUCUUCCAAGCCACCGGAGCUGCUCCGGGAACCACCGGAUUCGUCAACAUAACCGAUCUGAGAGGCGGUAAGGUCGGACUCGGUCCCGACGGCGGAGAUCUGUCGUCCUUCUUCGUCAAAUCCGUUGAAGAAGUUCCGUACAACAUCUCCAUUAUUCAGAUCAGCAAAGUCUUGCCGUCGGAAACGGCGUCGGCUCCGACUCCAGCUCCGGCUGAGAUGAAUCUCACCGGAAUAAUGUCGGCUCAUGGCUGUAAAGUUUUCGCUGAGACGCUUCUCGCUAACCCUGGUGCUUCAAAAACUUACCAGGAGAGUGUAGAAGGAGGCAUGACAGUGUUCUGUCCAGGAGAUGACGCAAUGAAAGGUUUCUUGCCCAAAUACAAGAACUUGACUGCUCCAAAGAAAGAAGCUUUCCUUGACUUCCUCGCUGUCCCCACCUAUUACUCAAUGGCCAUGCUCAAAUCCAACAAUGGUCCGAUGAACACACUUGCCACGGACGGAGCCGACAAGUUCGAGCUCACUGUACAGAACGAUGGAGAGAAAGUUACCCUCAGGACAAGGAUCAACACUGUCCAGAUCGUUGAUACUAUUAUCGACGAGCAGCCCUUGGCUAUUUAUGCUACGGAUAAGGUUUUACUGCCUAAAGAGCUCUUUAAGGCUUCGGCUGUUGAAGCUCCGGCUCCUGCUCCGGCACCGGAGGAUGGAGAUGUUGCGGAUUCUCCUAAACCGGCUAAAGGGAAAGGGAAGGGGAAGAAGAAGAAGGCUGCACCGUCGCCUGACGAUUCUUUUGGUGAUUCGGAUUCGCCUGCGGAAGGGCCUGAUGGAGAUGCGGAUGAUGCGACUGCUGAUGAAGCCAGUGCGGUUAGGAUCGUCGGAGGAGCUACGGCUGGUUUGGUGGUGAGCGUGUUCUGCUUGUUUGCUUCUUCUUCGCUUCUGUAGUUCACUUCAUGUUUUUGUUCGUUGUUCUAGAAUCUUUAUUUAUGGAUUUGAGGGAUGUAAUUGAUGUUUAUUAAAUGUCCCUUCAUUUAAAAGUUUGGGUGUCAAAUUAAUUAGUCGGUGGAAUUUUUUGUUUGGGUGUUUUUUGUUCACGUGUUUGUGUUGGUUGAUGAUGUAAUGAAUGGUGUUGGCCGUUGGAAUUGAGCACUAGUUUCUAGUUUAUA